CCUACACGCACGCGUCCAACAAACCCACCCCAAAUUGGAGAAGGCCGAAGGGAGCCAGCGCGACGCAACCGACCCGACCCGAUCGCUUCGUGAAGCAUCGCACGCGGAAACGAAGCCGCGUGCCAUCCCAUAGCUGCUGAUUCGCGAGCCGUCGCCGUCUUCGCUCGGCGAUCCAUCGGGCGACGCGGAGAAGGAAAGAGGAAUCAAACCAAGGAGGAGCUAGGAGAGGAGGGAGAUGGCGGAGAACCCGCAGCUGUUCGGGAACGGGAUGCCGGUGCCGUUCUACGGCGAGAUGUUCGUCCUCGCCCGCGACGGCGUCGAGUUCCACGUCGACAAGAUCCCAUCAGCUCCUGGCGGUCAUGUGAAAACAAAAGGCACAAUUUACCUGUCAAAUAUAAGGAUGGUGUUUGUUGCCAACAAGCCUGUUGGUAACUUCUUUGCUUUUGAUAUGCCCCUGUUGUUUGUGCACGGUGAGAAGUUCAAUCAGCCCAUAUUUCACUGCAACAACAUCUCUGGAUUCGUUGAACCAGUUGUUCCAGACAACCAGAACAGGGCCCUGUACUCAACUCACGCCUUCAAGAUCUUGUUCAAGGAAGGCGGCUGUGGUACGUUUGUUCCUCUCUUCUUGAACCUGAUUGCAUCUGUGCGGCGCUACAAUCAGUUUGAAGCCCAGUCUGCUGCUAAUAUGGCGCCGCGUGUGGACCCUCUGCAAGCUGCUCAGACUCCUGUUGAUGAUAUGAUGCGCCAUGCGUACGUUGAUCCAAAUGAUCCUACCAAGAUUUUCCUUCAGCAGCCAGCACCAGAAUCCCAGCUGAGGAGGAGAAACUACCAUGGCCCAGCUGACAACGCAUACUAGUGUUUGGUUGGAUUGUAAAAAAUCUCAUGCUCAAUUACGUGCUUUGUGCAUUUGAGCAUCACCUAUCCUACAUUCCAACGUUCAUCACAAAUUCACAAAUGACCUUAAUGCCAUGUAUUCUGACUUUAUUUGACUUUAUAUGUACAUAAUGUGCGAGACGGUGUCUCAAUAAAUGAUGUUCAUUCGCAGUGCCCUGUUCGAAUCUUAAUGGAGAAUAUAGUUUCUUGUUCA